GUGAGUUUUAAUAAGUUCUAUCGACUUCCUGAACAGACGCGCUGCCAUCACCGUUGAUUAUUAUGUCGUUUGCAUUUGUAUUUUUUGGACUUAUGCUAACAACAGCUCACUGCUAUGAUGGCGAGAAACGAAAAGAAGGAAUAUAUACAGUGGUUAAAGGAACUAUUCUAAAGAACCACGUCAUUUCGCAACACAAUGCCCGCGACAGCAUAGAGUGUGGGAUGAGCUGCGCAAGCGUGUACAAUUGUCAAUCAUUCAACUACAAGCAUGGUUCCACGUGUCAGCUGAACAGCAAGAACAGGCUAAUGGCUAACGGGGGUGACGUACAAAAUGACGAGGAGUUCACGUACUUUGAAAAAUUAAAAAAAAAACUAUCAACACAGACCCUUAACCCACCUCAAAACCACCUGCGAAUCUGCUAAUGAUCGUAACGUUUGUGAAUGUCGAGAAUCCAUGUGAUCCAGAUCAUUGUAUGUACGAAAGUCAAUGCAAUCCUGUAAGCAACGCUGAUAUCUACCAGUGUAACUGCAGACCAGGAUACACGGGAAGGCAUUGUGAAAAAGAACCACCUUUGUCGUGCAAGGAUGCCCUCGACAAGGGAAAAAGCCAUGGGAAUGGAGAGUACUACAUCGACCCAGAGAGGACAGGGACUGCAUUUCCCGUUUAUUGCGACAUGACAAACGAAGGAGGAGGAUGGAUGAUGGUGCUCAACCUGACAUACGAUGCUUCGCGUGCGGCCUUUACGCCGGACUCAUCUUUUCGCUCUUUGUCAAAGUUUAAAGAAGGAUAUAUGGGCUUGACAUCAAAUGCAAUGGGACAACUUCAGUCAUUCACCUCUUUCACCCAAAUGCGCUUCUAUUGUCACAAGCAGGGCGUUGGCCGUACCCUACACAUCAUUACCACCCCAGACAGUAAAGGGAAAGCCGUCGUGGACUACUUCUCCGCCAAAACAGACGCCCUUGCAUUUGCCUGUGACUCCUUCACCGAGGGCACUGGAAACAACGCAAUGCUAACUGGGCGCUGCCAAAAAUGGGGCAGAGACAAGAGCGGUGCACAGUAUGUCGGUGUGUGGGGGCAUGGUUUCAAACUGGAUGAGACAUGGCGGAUGUAUGAUCAUCCAAUGUACGAGGCACACAUGUAUCAUGUGAUUUUGAGAAACGGGUACCAUAACUGCGACGACACAGGAAGUACAGAGACAAAUGGAGAUUCAUGGGAGACAUAUGUUCGCUAAUAACUUUGCCGCCUGAAAAAUCAACCAUUCUAACCAAAUGUGAUUUUACAGCGCGACCAUUCGUACCAUAAACGCCGAAAAUAUGUGUUGAAUGUUUGUCUCUUACUGUAAUGGUGUCGCUCUACUAGCUGGUUGAUCUAAAUCCUAUAAACAUGGCAAUUGAGAAAAAAGACCUACUCUGAUGAGUGGACAUUUAAGAGAGGAAUUUAAACACGAAAACACUAACGCCCACAAGGAGAAUGCAUUUAAUUAAAUACUUAAAAGGAGCAUAAGAUUUCUACUUCAACAAUUAGCAGUUUAUCAACAUGAAACAGAAAGGGGACUGGAGGAAAUUUUAAAAUCCUGCAGACUAAAUGUCUCAAGUUUUGUACUCUAAUUGUUACCAUUAGAAAUACAUAGGUAGAUAGUUGGUCAAAGGUAACU